GUGUGUCAGGCUCUGAUCUGCGGCUGUUGUAAAGUUACCCUUGGUUUUUAUAAACACAUGAAAAAAUCGAUAUUUCUGAUCGGAUCGGAGCGCUCCUAACAGCUGUGUGCAGGUGUCCAGAUGAUCUCUGGCCGGUUUCUGCUCCUUUGUCACACAAGAGGACUAAACUAAACCAAGCAACCCUGGCUCGUGCUGCAGUCAUGCACAGUGGAGGCUGCAGUGUAAGGGCUCUGGCCCCGGUUCUUCUGCCCCGCUGGCUCUGUGUCCCCGGGGCCCGUCCUGCUCAUCUGUGUGGAUCGAUGCGGUUCUUGAGCACAGACUCUGCGUCCGUGGCUCUGCCCGCUCAUGCCCGUGUGGUCAUCUGUGGAGGAGGCAUCGUGGGCACGUCUGUGGCGUAUCAUCUGGUGAAGCUGGGCUGGACGGAGGUGGUGCUGCUGGAGCAGGGCAGACUUGGAGCCGGCACAACUCGGUUUUGUGCAGGAAUCGUGAGCGUCGCCAAACCUCUCUCUGUUGAGAGUAAGAUGGCAGAUUAUUCGAAUGCACUCUAUGAGCGUUUGGAAGAGGAGACGGGUGUUAAAACGGGUUUCGUGAGGACCGGCUCUUUGUGCUUGGCUCAGAAUCAGGACCGGUUCCUGUCUCUGAAGCGUCUGGCGUCCAGACUGAAGGUUCUGGGCGUCAGCUGUAACAUCAUCAAACCCAAAGAUGUGGCCAGGCUUCAUCCGCUGGUGAACAUUCACGAUCUGGUGGGAGCGCUUCAUCUGCCCGGAGACAGUGUGGUCUCUGCGCCGGACGUCAAUCACGCUCUGGCCGUGGCCUCGGCUGCUCACGGAGUGCAGAUUUACGAACACACGAGUGUUAAUCAUGUGGUGGUGAAGAAGGGCCACGUCAAGGCUGUAGAGACCGACCGCGGAUCCAUCGAGUGCGAAUACUUCGUCAACUGUGCUGGACAGUGGGCGUAUGAGCUCGGUCAGAGCAGCGAGGUCAAAGUGUCUGUUCCCUUACACGGCUGUGAACAUUUCUACCUGCUCACCAAACCGUUAUCAGAGCCGCUUCAGAACGACAGCCCAGUGCUGAUUGACAUGGACGGGCGGAUCUACGCUCGGGCCUGGCAUGGAGGGAUCCUGUCGGGUGGCUUUGAGAAGAACCCUAAACCCAUCUUUACUGAGGGACGCAACCAGCUGGAGAUUCAGAACAUGCAGGAAGACUGGGAUCAUUUCGAGCCGAUGUUGAGUGCUCUGCUGCGGCGGAUGCCCGGUCUGGAGUCCUGUGAGAUCCAGCAGCUGGUCAACUGCCCAGAAUCCUUCACUCCGGACAUGCGCUGCCUGAUGGGAGAGACUCCGGGCAUAUACGGCUACUUUGUGCUAGCGGGCAUGAACUCGUCAGGCCUCUCGUUCGCCGGCGGAGCUGGGAAAUAUUUGGCGGAGUGGAUCACGUACGGAUACCCCAGUACCAGCGUCUGGCAUCUGGACAUCAAGCGCUUCGGUAAUCUACAGAGCAGCCGCACGUUCCUGCGCCAUCGCGUGAUGGAAGUCAUGCCGCUCCUGUACGAGCUGAAGGUUCCUCGCUGGGACUUCCAGACGGGCCGGCAGCUGCGCACCAGUCCGCUGUACGACCGCUUGGACACGCAGGGAGCGCGCUGGAUGGAGAAACACGGCUUUGAGCGAGCCAAGUACUUCGUUCCAGCCGGGAAAGAUUUACUGGCGCUGGACCAGAGUAAGACCUUCUACAAGCCGGACUGGUUUGAUAUCGUGGGUGCGGAGGUGCAGUGCUGUAAGGAGGCGGUGUGUGUCAUCGACAUGUCGUCCUUCACCAAGUUUGAGCUCACCUCUGCGGGCGAUCAGGCCCUGGAUCUGCUUCAGAGAUUGUGUGCCAAUGAUCUGGACGUUCCUGUCGGUCACAUCGUCCACACAGGCAUGCUGAACCAGAGAGGAGGCUACGAGAACGACUGCAGCGUCGUGCGCAUCAGCAAAAACAGUUUCUUCAUCAUUUCACCCACCGAUCAACAAGUUCACUGCUGGUCUUGGAUUAAGAAGCACAUGCCCAGCGACCCACAGCUCCACCUGGAGGACGUCAGCUGGAAGUACACGGCUCUGAAUCUGAUUGGUCCUCGUGCCAUGGACGUUCUGUCUGAACUCUCGUAUGUGUCCAUGACUCCCGAACACUUCCCGUCUCUCUUCUGUAAGGAAAUGAGCGUGGGCUACGCUAACGGCAUCAGAGUCAUGAGCAUGACGCACACAGGAGAGCCGGGAUUCAUGCUCUACAUCCCUAUAGAGUAUGCACUGCACGUGUAUAAUGAAGUGAUGUCAGUCGGCCAGAAAUACGGCAUCAGGAACGCGGGAUACUAUGCCCUGCGCAGUCUGAGGAUUGAGAAGUUCUUUGCGUUUUGGGGGCAGGACCUGGACUCGUUCACCACACCGCUGGAGUGCGGACGAGAGUUCAGGGUCAAGUUUGACAAGGACACAGACUUCCUGGGCCGGGACGCUCUGCUGCGGCAGCGGGUCGAGGGAGUCACACGCCGCUUCGUGAUGCUGAUUCUGGAGGAUCACGACACCGAGCUGGACGUCUGGCCCUGGUGGGACGAGCCCAUCUACCGUAACGGAGAGCUGGUCGGGGUCACCACCAGCAGCGCCUACAGCUACACGCUCCAGCGUCACGUCUGCCUGGGCUUCCUGAGCUCCACCAACACCGACGGCUCUCCUGCUGCGGUCACCGCCGACUUCAUCAACCGCGGAGACUAUGAGGUGGACAUCGCUGGACAGAAGUUCCCCGCCAAAGCCAAGCUCUACCCCUUCAGCUCCCUGUUCGCUCAACAGAAGCGGCGCAAGGACGACAUGGAGCUCAGCAACUUCCAGAGCAAGUGAAGCCGGUCUGAGAUUACAGCGCUUCCUCGAGACCUUCACACACACCGUUAUUGUGUCAGUCGCUCGUCCUGUGUGUGUGUGCGUGUGUGUGUGUGUGCGUGUGUGUGUGUGUGUGUGUGUGUGUGUGCGCGUGUGUGUGUGUGUGCGUGUGUGUGUGUGUGUGUGCGCGUGUGUGUGUGUGUGUGUGUGCGUGAGUGUGCUGUUGAUGAAGAGUAACAGUGUGUCAUGAACUGAGCAGAUGUUUUAAAGUAUAACUGACUUUAGAAAGAAAGUCUUUCUCUGUGUUUGUUCCUAAUGCUCUGUUAAUAAUCGGGUCUGUCUUCUGUUGAUAAGUCCCUGUUCUGCUCAUCAUUGUCAAGCAUCACAGGUUUAAAAUGAAGGGAUGUAUUUUUAUAUGGAUGACACGAGACAAUCUAUGUCCGUUAGAAGCGUUGAACUUUAAUUGGAGAGACCUGGAGAAGUAUUUCAAACCGUGUGUGUCUCUCUUCCACACUAUUCUGUAAUUAAACUACAGUACUACAUGAGGAGGUGUGUGAGACGUUAAAGAAGUGACUGAUAGUCUGAACAGAGAUCCUUGCGACGCUUUCAUGAAGUGCCUUGCGUUAGCAGUGUAAAGUACAUGAAGUCGUCUUCAUAAACUGAUCAGUCAGGAUGUGUCUGAAUCACGUGAUCUGGGGUUGAGAUGUUCAGUGUUUUUAUCUGCAUAUUAUUUACGUCCUCUGUGGGUUUAUCUGAAAAGCUGAUAUUUAAAUGCACAAAGAAUUGCACAUCGUGUAUCAUGUUUAAAUGAGGAGCAGAUUUGCACAGUAAAGGACCGGUGGAGUGUCUGGAAGAGGCACAAAACACCACUCACACAAUCAUUGAAACAGAGAAUUUCAUAAAAAACACUUUUUGUACAAAAUAUAAUUUCUGGCUUCUUUCUUUUGACUUUGAGGUGAAGUAAGAGUAAAGCAUUGCAUGCAAUCAAAGUAAAUCACUAAUGUUCAUCCAGCCAUAAUGACUUCAGCUACUAAAGCACUGACCUGCUCUCUCUUGAUUUUACUGUGUGUGUGUGUGUGUGUGUGUGUGUGUGUGUGUGUGACAGAAUAGUGUGUGAGGCAUUGGUUGUUACAGGGUUUUUGUGAAGAGAAAGGAGGAACACAUGAUGUGUUGGUGGAGAUCUGAUGGUCAUGUGACUCCGAGCUGGAGAGAUCAGAUGUGCACCUUAUGCUUGGCUUGUACCUGUUGUGUUUUAAAUGUCAGACAAAGAUAAGAGGCCAUUAUACAGUAAAUAUGAACCUUCCGGCCAUCUUGCCUUUGUAUUUAUAUCAUAUAUUGUACGAAUGUUUGAUUAAUUUUCAUAAAUAAAAUAUGUAAUCAAG